GAAAUUUCGAUGAGGGGAAGAGCACAGAACCAGGAAGAUCAGGAGAGAGUUCGAUGGUCACCGGACGAAGACAAGAAACUUGCUGAAUAUAUGGAGAGACAUGGUGAGACUGGCUCCUGGAAAAAUGUCCCAACUCUUGCAGGCCUGAACAGGGAACCGAAGGCUUGUAGGCAAAGGUGGUACAGCAACGUGAAGCCUGGUAUCAACCAAAAGCCCUUCUCUGAAGAGGAAAAAGCCACCAUUAUCGAACUCCAAAAGCAGCAUGGCAAUGAGUGGGAAACUAUAGCACAGGAGAUGAGCGGAAGAACGGCUACUAAGAUCAAGAAUUUCUGGAAUUCCCAUCAGAGGAACAACCCACAAGUUUGUCCCAGGAACCCAGAUGGGAUCGGUAUUGAGCUUGCGAGUAUUCCAAAUGCAAGUUCCAUUCCUGCGCCGGUUUCAGCCUCACUGGAGCCCUCCAAGGCCGAUCAAGUAGUGGAGAUUGUUGAGGUCACCCCAGCUGACCAAGAAAUCGCCAACCGUUAUCCCAGUACUUCAACCACCUUUGAGCAUUGUGACGAUUUAGGUUCAGAAGGCAUUCCAGUCGAUAUUCUAUUUAACUGGAGCCCUCCAGACACUUCAGUCGAUAGUAUAUUUAAUUAGUACACGCAUGCCUACAUCGAUCUCCUUCAUGCUCAUGGAUCAUGUAACAUAAUAAAUUAAGACUCUGGUUUGUGUGAUCGUGUUGAUAGGGUACUUAGACCCUUUUCAACACAAAAUAAUGCUUCAUUUCUAGA